CAAUUUCUUUUGUAGUUCUUAAACAGAAAGAAUUAGCGGAAGUGUAAUUGACUGGAGUAAAUUUCUAGAUUUGCAGAUUUAUCGACCUCAAGUUCGUAUAAGGUAAACAUCUCUCUCCUGUUUUUUAAUUAAAUAAUGUAAAAAAUAAUAAUAAUGUCCUGUUAGAUUUCCCAGCUUACUGGUUCGCAGUUUAUUACUUUCGAUGAUAAACGGCAGGAGUUCGAGCCCCCACUCUGCCUCUUAAAGCUUUCUUAGCAAUGAACAUCUAGGGUUUUUGUUUCAGGACUCGAGAAGCAGAGCCGCCCACAUGAGUUCAAAAUCAAAUCGCAACCGUCCUCUGGCGGCGAAGGCGAAGGGGAUGGCGACGGCAAUGGUGAUUCCUCCUCCUCCGUCUACGCCGUUAUCGGAGUCCGAUUACGCCUUCACCAUAACCAGAACAGCAGUUGCGCAGAUCUGCAGUUCAAUUGGAUUCACAGCGGCAGAAGCUCCCGUUCUCGGAAUCCUAACAGACAUCGCCAUCAGGUACUUGAGAACAAUCGCUAAGUCCGCCGCGGAUUCAGCCAACUCAGCAUGCCGUACCCAGGCAAAUCUCGUCGACACAAUCGCCGCCGUGGAUGAGCUGAGCUCGGUGAGUGGAUUCCCCGGAGCAUGGAGAGCUACCGAUUGUUUUCUCAACUCCGGCGCGGUGAAGAAACUCGAUACAUUUACGGAGGAUUCCAAGGAAAUUCCAUUCGCAAAACCGUUGCCUAGGAAAAUAUUUUCAUUAGGAAGCAGAAAAGGUUCGAGAAAUGUAGGUAGUAGUAAGAUUGAGUACCUUGGAGGAGAUAAGAAGCAUAUCCCGAAAUGGCUACCAGUAAUGCCGGUGAUUGUGAAUCACGAAAAGGAAAUUGUUGAGAAGAGAAAAAGGGAACUUUGGGGAUAUUGUGGUGCUAAAACUGAGGAACCAAAGAGGGAGAAAAUAGAGGAGGAGAAAAAAACUGCUGAUAGUGUGGAAAAGGAAAGGAAAGGACUUGAAUUGCCAUUGAAGAGAGGGAAAGUGAGGUUUAAGAUUGGUGGUGGUGGGGCGUCAGGUGUGUGUAGAAGUGGUGGAAUAGGGAAGAGAGUAUUAUGUGAGAAUUGGAAUUUUGAUGAUGAAAACUCAUCAAAACAAGAAGAGCAGCUUGAUGAGGUAAUACAACAACAAUAGUGAUCUCGGGAGGAGUAGAUUGUACGCAGAUUAUAUUAUAGAAAAACUAUUUCCGAAAGAAACUUGGCUCGGUAACAGAGAGGAACAAAAUGAGAUGAUGAUGAUAGAGUGAGUAUGAAGAAAGAAGUGGAGUUGCUAACUAUACUUUGAUUGUAUUUUUUUUUUGGUUUUUGAAGUUAGCAGGAAUUGAACCCUUGACGUGUUGUUCGAUAAAACAAAAUUUUCUCUCCCUAUUUGAAGACCAUCUUCACUCCGGACUAAAAUGGAGAGUGCAACAUAUCUAUAUUUAUAAUAUUAGAUGUAAAAGUGGCCAUGAAUUUCACUAGUUAAUGUAACAAACAGAGACUCAUUUCAGAUUUUCAGUUUAAAGAUGUUCAUUUACUUUUA